GUCUCAUUCAUCUGCUGCCGAACGGCUGCCCUCUAGCACCGUGCCCUGCGUUCGGUGCCCUUCAAUCCCCGUGUUCGGCCGGGGGCACAUGUGAAAGAGCGCUCAUUGUUCCACCAUGGGUUUCGAUUAUGCACUUGUCCAUGUCAAGUACACUGUCCCACCUGCCCUACUCCUUACACUGUUCUACCGCCCUUUGUUCACGCGAUUGGACGUCUACAAGAUUUUUUUUCUGGUAACAAUCGCCGUCGUCUCCACCAUACCCUGGGAUUCGUAUCUCAUACGAACCGGCAUCUGGAGCUAUCCUAGCCAUGUCAUCGUUGGACCGAAACUGUUCGAAAUUCCCUCAGAGGAAGUCUUCUUCUUCGUUAUCCAGACAUACAACACCUCAUUGUUGUACAUCAUCUUGAGCAGACCAACUUUCCAACCCGCCUACCUUCGUGUAGAGCGACAGAAGUCCCACCCCCUUGGACCUUGCAAUCAGCAAUGGCGGUGGUAUAAACGCCUUGGCCAGCUCGUGCUGGCUGUCUCCAUCGGCUGGGGUUCGCAUCUGGUUGUCGACAACGGUGUAGGUACCUACACCGGCCUCAUCCUCAUUUGGGCGGUUCCGUUUCUCUUGCUUUUAUGGAGCCUCGCAUAUCAAUUCAUCUUAGGAUUACCACUGUCCAACACCCUCUUACCGAUCGCGCUUCCAACUCUAUAUCUUUGGGUUAUCGACACCUUAGCCCUAAAACGAGGGACUUGGGUCAUCAGCUCCGGCACGAAAUUUGGUAUCCACCUCUGGGAUGGCCUGGAGAUCGAGGAAGCCCUGUUCUUCCUGUUGACCAACACCCUCAUCGUCUUCGGACAGCUUGCGUUCGACAAUGCUUUGGCCAUCUUGUACACAUUUCCACAACUCUUUCCCCGGCCGACAGUGCUCCCUUCACCAAUCGCCCUUAUCAACGCAUUGUGUAUAUCUGCCUCCAGAUACGACGAAGCGCGUUUGAUUGGCCUGCAGGAGGCCGUCACCCGCUUGAAACGAAAGAGCCGAAGCUUUUAUCUUGCUUCAUCGACAUUCCAGGGACAGCUGCGGUCGGAUUUAAUGCUGCUGUACUCGUUCUGCCGCGUUGCUGACGAUCUCGUCGAUAAUGCAUCUUCAGCCGAAGAUGCGAAGCAGUGGAUCGCGAGGUUGCAGCGCUUUCUAGACAUUGCAUAUGGAAGCGCUGAGAAGGCUGAUAAGUCGGUCAAACAAUACGUUACAGACAGCUUUCCACAAGACACUCGAUCCGCAUUGCUACAAUUGCCAUGCUCGAGACUAUCACGGCAACCUUUGCAAGACCUUUUGCGCGGCUUUGACAUGGAUCUCGCGUUCAACCGUGCACCUCCAAUACAGACUGAUGCCGACCUAGAAGUAUACGCGCAAAGGGUUGCUGGCACUGUUGCACAAAUGUGCAAUGAGCUUAUCUUUCACAUCUAUUGUACAUCACUGUCAUUGGAAGACCAACGUCGAAUCAUCCAAUCUGGCAACCGCAUGGGAAUAGCACUUCAGUAUGUCAACAUUGCUCGCGACAUCUCCGUGGACGCCAAAAUUGGACGCGUAUAUCUCCCUACGACAUGGCUGAAGGCAGCUGGAAAGACAUACCGUUCUGUGCUGCACGACCCAGAGGGCACGGGGGUUGAGGAACUGCGUACGAAGCUUCUCGACAAGGCAUUUGCGCUGUAUGAGAACGCUCGAGAUGCUAUCGACGAGCUACCUGCCGAGGCCCGCGGACCUAUCAGGGUUGCUGUAGAAAGCUACAUGGAGAUUGGUAGAGUUUUACGACAGAAAGGAUAUGCUGUCAAAGCGGGAAGAGCAACUGUGCCAAGAUGGAGGCGCAUAGGAGUAGCUUGGAAGACCCUCAACCAGUGAAGCUCUACAAUUGAUACCCAAACAUAUAUUAAACUGCGGGGUCAGUGCAGCACAAGCACUGACCCACCGCCUUACUGAGAC